CUCCUCUCCUCCUGCCCCCCCCCCCCUUCGCGCCCCAUGUGCUGUGUGAGGAGGCAGCUCCGCUAAAGAGACCCACUUGCGAAAGAAACGGGCGCACCAUAAGGCGCGGGCGAGCAGCGGCGGCGGCAGCAGCAGGAGCAGGGCAGCCGCGGACGCCAAAAAGCAGAGCCGGAGCAGCCGCCGCCAGGAGCAGGAGGAGGGGGGGAGAGAGACAGAAAGGCGAGCAAGCCAGACCCGCAAGCAAGAGAGCGCUGGAGGAGCGAGAGCGGCCGCCAAGGACACGGAGAGGCGCCCCAGCCCAGCCGCGCGUCCCCUUCCGCGCGUGUGCCUGAGCGCGUGUGGGGUGUGAGUGUGGGGUCUGCUGGGUCCCCCCCCUUUUUUUUUUCCUCCCCCUCCUCCUCCUCCUCCUCCCCGGUUGAUGUGUCUACAGCGUCGCCCAACUCCAAGCGGGGCAUCCGAGCCAAGCAGCCGCAGCGAGAGCAACGGGGCUCCGGAGCGCCGGGCAAAGCGUGGGAUUCUGCUCGCCUCCUCGCCUGCCGCCGCCGCGCGUCCCAGCGGCUGCGAGCCGUCCCCCCUCGCUCUUUCCAUGGCUUUUCUGAAUGGCUGACUGCGGGCUUCUCUGGAUCUGGCCCCCAGACAACAGCCUCUCUUCCUGCAACUCCGAGCCGCUCCAGGAGAGAGAGGGAGGGGGAGACCUUUGACGAGAAUCACACCUCUCUCUCUCUCUCUCUCUCUCUCUCUCUCCCCCACCACCCCUCUUUUGUAUUUUUACUUUCCCCCUUCUCCUUUGCUACCAGACAAUCGCUUGGAACCUGCUCCUCUUCUACUCCUCCAUCCCCUCUUUUCUUCCCUCCUUUUCUUUUCUCUCUCUCUUUAUUUUAUCUUCUUCCUUUUUUUCUGUCUUCCCCCUCCCCUUUUUAAGAGGGGGUGGCCUGGCGUUUUUUGGGGAGGGGGCAACUCUGCAAGAAGAAACAAACAAACAAACAAAACCCCAAACAUUAAAUUAUAUUAAAAGGACCAGACAAGAAGAAGAAGAAGGGGAAGGAGGAAAGAAAAGAGUGAAAAGAUUAAAAAGAAGAAAGCAAGAACCACGCAGCCCAGCAACUUUCAGAAAAGAAAAGAAAGACACGGGAGGAGGAGAAAAAAGAGAACAAAUACCUAUAUCUAUAAAUAUAUAUACAUACCCACAGAGAGAGAGAGAGAGAGAGAGAGAGAGAGAGAGAGAACGAGAUUAAUUAAAGGUGGACAAAAUUAGAGAGAGAGCGCUCUCUCUUUCCUCCCUCUCAAGGUCGGAUCCCCUCUUGAAGAGCUGCCGGGACAGCCGUCGAAGGCAGCGGCUCCACUGACCACAGCAAACAACGGGGGGGCGUACGAUUUGGUCAAGGUGUCCCUUAGAUAUGGCAAUGGUAGUGGGCGCCUGGCGAGACCCUCAGGACGAUGUGGCCGGCCCGCAAGGAACGCAGCCUUCCCAAGCGCCCCCUGUGCCGGGACCCCCGACGGGAGCCCCCCACACCCCGCAGACGCCGGGCCAAGGGGGGCCCCCCAGCACUCCAGCCCAGACCAACCAAGGGAGCCAGCAGAACCAAGGCGACAAGCAACAGCAGCAGCAGCACAUCGAGUGCGUGGUUUGUGGGGACAAAUCCAGUGGCAAGCACUAUGGGCAGUUCACGUGUGAAGGCUGCAAGAGUUUCUUCAAGCGCAGCGUCCGCAGGAACCUCAGCUACACGUGCCGCGCCAACCGGAACUGUCCCAUUGACCAACAUCACCGCAACCAGUGCCAAUACUGUCGCCUCAAGAAAUGCCUGAAGGUCGGCAUGAGACGGGAAGUUUCUUCCUUAUUUACUGCAGCCGUCCAGAGGGGCAGAAUGCCACCCACACAGCCGACCCACGGCCAGUUCGCCUUAACCAACGGGGACCCCCUGAACUGCCAUUCGUACCUCUCCGGAUAUAUCUCCCUGUUGCUGAGGGCAGAGCCUUACCCGACCUCCCGCUUCGGCAGCCAGUGCAUGCAGCCGAACAACAUCAUGGGCAUCGAGAACAUUUGCGAGCUGGCCGCCAGGAUGCUUUUCAGUGCCGUCGAGUGGGCCCGGAAUAUCCCCUUUUUCCCCGACCUCCAGAUCACAGACCAGGUGGCCCUCCUACGGCUAACCUGGAGUGAGUUGUUUGUCCUGAACGCCGCCCAGUGCUCCAUGCCUCUCCAUGUCGCCCCGCUCCUGGCUGCCGCCGGCCUCCACGCCUCGCCCAUGUCCGCCGACCGAGUGGUCGCCUUUAUGGACCACAUACGGAUCUUCCAGGAACAAGUCGAGAAACUGAAGGCCUUACACGUGGACUCGGCGGAAUACAGCUGCCUGAAGGCCAUCGUCCUCUUCACCUCGGAUGCGUGUGGUCUCUCCGACGUAGCCCACGUUGAAAGUUUACAAGAGAAAUCGCAGUGCGCGCUAGAAGAGUACGUUAGGAGUCAAUACCCCAACCAGCCCACGCGAUUUGGGAAACUGUUGUUACGACUGCCCUCGCUCCGCACCGUCUCUUCCUCAGUCAUAGAGCAAUUGUUUUUCGUCCGUUUGGGACUUCUUCCUUUCAACCAUUGUUCCGGCCAUCCAGGAUCCAGUGAACUUUUUUGGGGACCUAUCGCCAAAGGUCUAGACUCCUGUCUGUGCCCCCAGUGAUUGGCAAGCUCAGCAUCCAAUGUGGGACGAGGAACAACCCUGAGAGCUGCAGUUCGGCAGCCUAACAAUAUAAGUCUGUUGGACAUGUCGUCCGGGCUGUCACGUUCAAUUUGCCCAUGACCUCGUGGCCAAAAACCGGGAGAGAAGUGGUAGAGUGCGGGCCUGAAAGCUUAUAUUAUUGCUUUGACAGCUUCAGUCAUCUAGAAGUAAUGCAAAAUGCAAUUUAUAUUUAUACUCUCUGACCUUCUGCUCAGACAGGGAAACUAUCUAAUGAUGGGCCACGGUAGCAAGGGACGAAACAGAUCUCAAUACAGCUGGAAUGUGUCUUCUCCUUCUCCCCCCACCUCCCUCCACACUCCGGCCCCUUGCUUUUCAACAAUUCAAUAACAGUCAAAAGACAAAUGAAACAUGAAGAGAGACUUGGUUUGGUAGUGACACAAUUGUUUUAUAGUGAGUAGCUUCGGGCUUUGAGCUUUGGCAAAGGUUGUCUGCUUACUCCCCAUUCCACCAUCACUCACGACAGACCGUCUUCUGGUCCCCACUGGUCCAACAUUGACUUUCUUUAAGAAUGUAAAAAUGGCCUUGUUGGAGGGUGCUCCCUAACCCUAAACUUCCAAAAGCGGCCAGCUGCAAGACCAAAUGCUACCCAUGGCUCUCUCGCUCUCCCUCCCUCCCUUCUUUUUUUCUGCAUAUCCAUCUAUCCAUCCAUCUGUCUAUCCAUCUAUUUCCUUCCUUACUUCUUCUUUUUUCUGUAUAUCCAUCCAUACAUCCAUACAUCCAUUUCCUUUCUUCUUCUUCUUCUUCUUCUUCUUCUUCUUCUUCUUCUUCUUCUUCUUCUUCUUCUUCUUCUUCUUCUUCUUCUUCUUCUCCUCCUCCUCCUCCUCCUCCUCCUCCUCCUCCUCCUCCUCCUCCUCCUCCUCCUCCUCUAUCUAUCUACACACACCACACACACACACACACACACACACACACACACACACACACACAUAUUUUGGCACAUCCUCCAUUGGUUCAGCUUUCAAAUUCCUUCUUUCAGGGAUACCCAGCUUUGGGACCUCAGAUGUUGCUGGACUACAACUCCCAUCAUCCAUAACCCCAAUGGAAAAAGACCAUCAUGGCUAUUGAGGAUUGGAUCUGUCUGUAGUCCAAGAAAUCUGAGGUCCCGAGGUUGGGAUCCCCUGUCUUGUUUUGCUAUUGCACUGGUGACCCUAUUCAUGACUUGGACACACAGAGGUCUUUCGCAUAACCUCAUGGCCCCUGCUGGAUGUGCUGCAAGGAAGGCAGGAGCAGAGGCUACCCUCCACUUUGCUGUGCUGCAUGCCCACAUGAGCAGCAGUGCGGUGAGGGCAGGAGCUGAGAGCAGGAGGACUUCCCCCCUCCCCUAUCCCAGGGUCACACUAUAAGCAUGGGUCUACAAGCAUGGUGGAAAUGGUGGCAGGCCAGAGGGAAACCUCUUGACCCAGUGGUGCUCACCCAGAUGAUCUCCUGCCGAGGUUUAAAAGUGGGACUAGGUGUGGGGGCAGCAAUGGGGUUGGACUUAAUCCUGGCGCUUCAUGUGUGCUGCCCUACCCUGGGCUAGGCUGAGUGUGUGAACAGCCUCACAGUCUACAUGUGUGCCGAUAUAUCGUAUCGUAUCAUAUCGUAUCGUAUCAUAUAUCAUACAUCGGCACUCAAGUAUCUAUAAAUGUGUAUUUAUUCAUUUAUUUAUGCAUGCAAAUAAAAACAGAUUUGUUUCUUCUAAUCUUA